UUUACUGAUUUUGCGCAUGUAAAUUUGAAGUCGGCAAUUGCGAAUGCAGUUGAAAUGGGACUUACCGGACAAGUGGAGACGGCAUCUUGUCUCUUCCGACUGAUGAGUGCUCUUUGCAUAAGAUUCAUGGCAGCUCCAUGGCAGGGAAAAUCCCUUCAAUGUCUUCUCAUUCUCUUCCUUUCUUCUUUACUCAUUGUCGAUUCAUCCAUCUCCGACCCUCAACUCGAGGCCUUACUGGCUUUUAAAGCUUCAAUAAGCGAUGAUCCUCUUGGUGCUUUGUCGAAUUGGACAAGCUCUAUUCACCAUUGCAAUUGGACUGGAAUCUCUUGUGAUCCUUCCUCAACUGCUGUAGUUUCUAUCACUCUAAUUCAGAUGCAACUGGAAGGUACCUUAUCUCCAUUUCUUGGCAAUAUCUCCACCCUUCAGGUCAUUGAGAUCAGCUCAAACAAACUAUUUGGAUCAAUUCCUCCUCAGCUUGGGCAAUGCUUAGAACUUAUCGAGUUGAACUUCUAUGAUAAUCAACUCUCGGGUGUAAUCCCUGCUCAGCUUGGAAACUGUAAGAAUCUUCAGGUCUUGGAUCUGGGUUCUAAUGUCUUAGAAGGAAGCAUCCCACAGAGUCUCUGCAACUGCACGUCGUUGCAAGGAUUGGGUUUUCACACUAAUAAUCUCACUGGUUCUCUCCCUUCUUCAUUUGUUAGGCUGCAAGGUUUGGAAAUUCUAGACCUCAGUGACAAUCAUUUAUCAGGAAUUAUACCUCCUGAGAUUGGAAACUUCUCGCAUUUAUCCAUUCUCCAACUCUUCAUGAACCAACUUGAGGGGCCAAUUCCAGCUGGGCUAGGCCGGUGCACAAACCUAACACUCUUGAGAAUCUAUAGCAAUAAGCUUACUGGUGUCACAAACCUAACACUCUUGAGAAUCUAUAGCAAUAAGCUUACUGGUGUCAUUCCUGAUGAACUUGGAAAUCUCGUCAAAUUAAAAAAUUUGUGGUUGCAUGACAAUUUGUUGUCUUCCACAAUUCCCGCAUCUCUAUCUCAUUGCAAAUCUUUAGUAUUUCUUGGACUUUCGAAAAAUUUGAUAACCGGAUCAAUACCUGAAGAACUUGGUUCUUUGAGUUCACUUAAAGUUCUAGCUCUUCAUGAAAAUCAAUUGACAGGACAAAUUCCUGAAACAUUUGUGAAUUUGACCAACCUCUUUUAUUUGGCUCUCAAUCGCAACUCUUUAUCUGGGCCACUUCCUUUGGACAUUGGAUCACUGUAUAACCUGGAAAACUUAAUCAUUCAUACCAAUCAAUUUACUGGUGUUAUACCUUCAGGUUUGGGUAUGUUGGAGAACCUCACGUUCUUUUCACUAGGACGGAAUUCAUUGUCAGGAUCCAUUCCAGAAGAUUUGUUCAAUUGUACCAAGCUUUCCGUUUUGGAUCUUUCACAAAACAAUCUCACAGGAUUUCUGAGCCCUGCUAUUGGCAAGCUAAACAAUCUAAGAAAGUUGUUUUUAGGCUACAAUUCUUUUUCAGGUUUCAUCCCUCCUGAGAUAGGCAAACUUAGCAUGUUGUUGGAUUUGCGACUAGGUGGUAACAGCUUAUCAGGUCAAAUCCCUUUAGAGAUUUCAAAAUUAUCAGCUCUCCAGGGGCUCUCUCUUGAGGCAAACUCUUUUGAAGGAGCAAUUCCUGAGCAAAUCUUUAAGCUUAAGAAUCUGAAUGGCCUGAGGAUUCAGUUCAAUCAAUUUUCUGGUAGAAUUCCAGAUUCUAUUUCCAAUCUCCAGUCACUUCAAUACUUGAAUCUCUGUGGAAACAAGCUCAAUGGUUCCAUACCAAGAUCCAUGGCCAAUCUAAAUCAGCUACUGUCAUUGGACCUGUCCCGCAAUCUCUUAACUGGUCCUAUUUCUGGAUCGUUGGUUGCUGGCUUGAAGAACUUGCAGAU